AUGCCGUCCAACAGCGCUGCCUCUUUGUUUGAAUCAUCGCAAAAAUUAUUUGCUAACGGCACGGAAAACAUGACCGUAUUUCUAAACGAGGAAAUAACUGAAAGUUUUCGCCGUGAGAAGUCAGCACAGUUUUUCACCAUUUUGGCACCUUCUUUUGUAUAUACGGCAGUGUUGAUGAUGAUCGGAAUGCCUGGCAAUCUUAUUGUUGUUCUUGUGUACCUUCUGAAAAUGGCCAAGACAACAUCGCGACAUUUCAUUAUCUCUUUAGCUAUUUGUGACUUUUUUAACUGUGCUUUUGGAAUGCCGGUAGAGUUGUCUUUGUUAUUAAACUUUUACAAUUUUGACUACCCGAUUCUGUGUAAAAUGUCUAGAUUUACUACAUUCAUCAUGAAUAAUGCAUCCACCUGCGUUCUGAUAUGUAUUGCGGUAGACCGGUUCAGGCGAGUGUGUCUCCCAUUGCGUCCAAACAUGACAGUAAGGCAUUCCAAAAUCCUUUGUUCCACAUUCGCUGUCGUGUCCAUAUUGAGCGCUAUUCCAUCUCUGUUCAUAUACAACACCAUCUCCAUUCCCGUGCGGAGAUUAGUGAAUAACGUCUCGGUACGUGUGAACUUGAAAACGUGUUACGUCGAUCCUGGUGCAGGCACAACGCUACCUUUGGCGUUCAGUUUGUACCUAUUUGUAUUCAUCAUUGGUAUGAUAAUGGCACUGAGUACAAUGUAUGGACUUAUUGGAAGGAUUAUCUGCGCCCAACGUACACAAUCGCGGCCUCGUCGUGGAACACUGCGUUCUUCAAUCAGCUUUGAUGCGUUAACGCAUAGAGUUGAUACUAAUACCAACAAAACAUCAAUUCGCCUUCUUCGUUCACUGUCUCACCAUUCGCCAAAUUUAUUUCGAAGUAGAGGAAAAUCCACUUCGAGAUCAAAUUCGCCAAUACCAGAUAUUGCCGAACCCCUAGCGAUUCCCCAUCAUGCUCAUUCGGACACUUGCGUACGGCGUCAUGGCGGAAAAGAAGUACGCGCUGGGCGAACCACAUUGAUUCUAUUUAUAGUAACACUUGUAUUUAUAUUAUCAUUCGUUCCGUAUUUGAUUCUUGCUGCAAUGCGUUACAUAACGCCAGCAAUGUUUAAGAACUUAGCAUCUCUUGAAUUGACAGUGUACCAUUUAACGUUACGUUCCUAUUUACUGAAUAGUGCUGCAAAUCCUCUUAUAUAUUGUUUUUUAAACAGACAAUUUCGGCAGAAAGUUCAGAUAUUCUUCAAAGAUACGUUUUGUUGCAAGAAAAAAUGA